AAAAAAAAAAAAAAAGAAGAGAAACUAGAAAAAGGAGAAAACCCGCAGCUGCUUAAAAGACCGUCGAGAGGAACGUGGCCGAGGUCGGAGGAGGAGGCAGGAUGAUAACCGUGGUGGCCGUGUGGCUGGUGGCCCUGUGCUUCCAGGCUGCUGUCCCGCAAACCACAAAUCUGAACCUUCCUCCUGAAGAUCUCGAUUCCUCUGGUGAUGAUGACGAUGCAUUCUCAGGUUCAGGUGCAGGUCCCCUGACUGACCAGCUUCACGUCUGGAAAAUCCCAGGAGAACCAAAUAAUUCCUCAUUAUUGGCAACACCAAUGAAUUUCAAUGAACAGCCAUUUCCUGGGACCGAGAGCCGAACUGAAAAGGAAGUAAUAUCUCCUUCUGUAACUAGUAGUAUAGCGACAGAGGAGCCAGUUGUAGCCGUAAAGGACGAAGGAUCCAUCCUGGGCACACCUGAUGAGAAGCCAGCAAAUGAUGUGGUUGCAACAACAACGAGAAGCCCCACUACGCACUUUCCUUCAGUGGUUCAUGUAACUCCUUCAGAUGUUUCGGGCACAGUCCAUGAGCUGGAACCUAAAAUGCCGAGCUCUGAUGUGCCUGUCACUGAAGAUGUGCCUGAGCCCCGCUCUACCACCCAUCAUGAGGGAGACGUCACUGCUGCCCCUACAACAACAGCUCCAAAGGAUGUUGUUCCUACACAGGAGGAGGUUUCUGAAGAUGGCUCUGGAGACCCGGGAGACUUCAUAUUGACUAAAGAGGAGGAUUUGGCCCCCACCCAGAACUCAGAAGUACUGGCCGACUCUGGGAGGAAUGCCAAAGCAGCGGGAGCCUCGGGAAUUAUGGACAGAAAAGAAGUUCUUGGAGGUGUUAUUGCUGGAGGACUGGUAGGCUUGGUGUUCGCAGUGUUUCUAGUUGCAUUUAUGCUGUACAGAAUGAAGAAAAAAGACGAAGGCAGCUAUUCACUGGAUGAACCAAAACAGUCUAAUGGAGGAUACCAAAAACCACACAAACAAGAAGAAUUCUAUGCAUAAACACUGAUCUUCAGGACACAUCUUCUUAUUCCAUCUUUUUUGGACACCUCUCCCUGCACGUGGACCUCCUCGUGUGCUUUGCAUUUAAACUUAAGCCAUAUGAUCAUUGGGUUAUUUGCCCCUACCACUUUGCCACUGGAAAUUUUAUAACUACAAAAUAGAUCUGGAUUCAUUGAACAUUCCCCGCUUUCUUGCACAACUGUUUUUUUAUUUUAUGUUUGUUUUUUUUUAAACAGAAGUGGGACUGCAAGUUCCUAAACUCACUUUGGUUUAUCUAAAGACUGCUGGGGCAGGCGGUGGGGAGAAGGUAAGGGAGCACUGUGUGUAUAAACCUCUUGAUAUUUAGGGAACGGGCUAGCAAGAAUAAACAAUUGUCAGUGCUCAAAUUCUGUAUAGCAGGGGUUCUUCCUAUUUAACUCAUAGAUGUGUUAUAAGUGUAACAAAUGGCUGUGCUGGGCAGACGUUUGGUACACUGAAAUCCUCUAGCUCUUUCUAACUGCCUAUUUGGAGCACUUAAUGCCUGUGAAACAUCAAGCUGAGCAUGAUUUUUACUGAAAAGAGGUGAGGAGGGCAGGGGAAGCAAUUGAUUGUCACAUGGCUUAAAAUAACUUAUAUUUCAGAGUCAUUAUCCCAGACUAGGAACCAGAUCCUAACCAGUUGGUGCAUAUGCUAAUAUACAAAACAAAUCCCAAAGACCUCAAAACUGGAGAGUUCAUUUUACCAGUAGCGUUGGACUGUCCCACUACCCUCUUGAUCUUUCUAGGCUUAGGUAAGAAAUAGGUUUUUCUAAGCAGUUUUAUCUCAGACAUUCCGUCUUUUUGGGUGCCAAAUCUAGGCUGGGCUGUCAUGCUGCAAAUACUCUUGAACCCGCGCUACUGUGUAGUCGCGAGGUGACUGAUUGUGUGUUGUAGCACCUACCUCUCUGUGCGCUGUUUACGGUGGCUGUCUCGGAACGAGGACUGUCAUCUACGCCACAGAAUAACUUGGCACACAGGGAUGGGAAGGUAAAAAGCAGCAUAUCGUGACUUCGCGGCUAAGGAGUAGAGGGACAUAGCAUCUGAAACGAGCCUGAUGAAGGCUAAGUGUAGAUGGCCUUAAACGUAUACAACAGUUAGCAUGCUUGAGUCUCACGAUUCGAACGGUGGUUCAGAAGCUGUUCCUGCACUUUGGAGAGAAGCAACUCCAGGUGUGUUAGACUAAUAAAGGCUGGAAAGCACCUCUAGAGGAAAGUCCGUAUGCCUUGAAGCUGUUGGUGGUCAGUGUCCUGUCAGAUGCGAGGCACUGAGGUGUCAUUGAGGAUCUGGAGUUCACUAGAGUAUCUCAAACCGAGUGAGAAGAAAAGUGUGGUGUUCUGCACAAGCCUUACUUCUGCUCUGCCUUUGGUUAGCUUCUUGCAAGUUCAGUUCCUCAUCGCUCAGUGCAGGAGGUAUGGGGUGGUUGGAGGAGUGUUUACAACUGAUGUAAAUAUUUGUACUGUUGAGCCAGAGGGAAUGACUGGAGAAUAUUGGAAAACGUUGCAACAAUUGGUACAAAUGUUGCACAUUAACAGUAAAACUUAAAAACCUGUGUAAUUUAAAUGAAGUAUGAAACACUCCUGAGCUGCUAUGCAGCUACAAUUGGUGCCUUCUCUGCAAACCCAAUAUAUAAAAAAAACUACUUCUUAAUACCAAACUCUUCUUUAUGCACAAGUUUUCCUUGUGCAUGAUGUGUAGCUGGCUGUUUUUUAACUAAAGCUGCAAAGUCCAUUAUGUCUCUCUUUUUUUUCUCUCCUGGAUGAAUUUUUUUAGGUUAAUGCGAUGACCAGAUGGUGUUAAUUUCAGCUGUAAUUCUUUGCUUUGUAUAGGAAUGUAGAAAUGUUGUUUGAUAGGUUUUAUCUAUGAAAAGGUUCUUGUAAAGCACAGGAAGAUAAAGUGGUGAACUUCAGUUGUACCUCACAACCUUGCUAGGGGGAAAGGAAAAAAACUGUAUAUUUUGGUAGUCUAAACUGACAGUUUGUGAAAAAAAAACAUGACAUUCUGUGUUAUUUAAGUGGUACAAAUGAAAUAUAAGUUCUAAUGAAGAUGCAACAUUUGGUUAUCUGUAUGCCAUGUAAAGGUAUACCGCAAUAAAUGGCAUUUU